GGCGGGGGUAGUUAUUCGGAAGAUGGCGCCCGUUGUUACGGGGAAGUUUGGUGAGCGACCUCAGCCUCAGCGUUUGACAAGAGAGGCUAUGAGGAAUUACUUGAAGGAGAAAGAUGAUCAAACAGUGCUCAUACUACAUGCAAAAGUUGCACAAAAGUCAUAUGGCAAUGAAAAAAGGUUUUUCUGCCCACCACCAUGUGUGUAUCUCAUGGGCAGUGGCUGGCAGAAGAAGUUAGAGAAUAUGGAGAAGGAGGGUUGCACGGAGCAGGAGGCCCAGCCAUGUGCGUUCAUUGGGAUAGGCAACAGUGAGCAGGAGAUGCAGCAACUCAAUCUCGAUGGGAAGCACUUCUGCACAGCUAAGACACUGUAUAUCAGUGACUCAGAUAAAAGGAAACACUUCAUGCUGUCUGUGAAGAUGCUAUAUGGAAACAGCGCCAACAUAGGAGUCUUCCUCAGCAAGAGAAUCAAGGUCAUCUCCAAGCCCUCCAAGAAGAAACAGUCCUUGAAAAAUGCAGAUUUGUGUAUAGCUUCAGGGACUAAAGUGGCGUUGUUUAACCGUCUGCGUUCCCAGACUGUUAGUACCAGGUAUCUUCACGUGGAGGGUGGAAACUUUCAUGCCAGCUCCCAGCAGUGGGGCGCCUUCUAUAUCCACCUCUUGGACGAUGAUGAGUCUGAAGGGGAGGAGUUUGCCGUGAGAGAUGGCUAUAUCCAUUAUGGCCAGACGGUCAAACUGGUCUGCUCUGUUACUGGCAUGGCCCUGCCCAGACUGAUCAUUCGCAAAGUGGACAAGCAGACCGCAUUAAUGGAUGCAGAUGACCCAGUGUCCCAGCUCCACAAGUGUGCCUUCUACCUGAAGGAUACAGACAGGAUGUAUCUCUGUCUCUCACAGGAGAGGAUCAUCCAGUUCCAGGCCACACCAUGCUCCAAAGAGAGUAACAAAGAGAUUAUUAACGAUGGGGCUUCCUGGACUAUUAUUAGCACUGACAAGGCAGAGUACACCUUUUAUGAGGGCAUGGGCCCCGUCCCCACGCCGGUCACACCUGUCCCUGUGGUGGAAAGUCUGCAGUUAAACGGGGGAGGAGACGUGGCGAUGUUGGAGCUGACAGGACAGAACUUCACCCCUAACCUCAGAGUGUGGUUCGGAGAUGUGGAGGCUGACACCAUGUACAGAUGUGGAGAGAGCAUCCUGUGUGUGGUGCCGGACAUUUCUGCCUUCAGGGAGGGCUGGCGCUGGGUGAGACAGCCGGUGCAGGUUCCUGUUACGCUGGUCCGCAAUGAUGGAAUCAUCUAUGCCACCGCUCUCACCUUCACCUACACCCCUGAACCAGGGCCACGACCUCACUGCAGUGCUGCUGGGGCCAUUCUGCGGUCACAUAGCACCUCUUCGUCAUCGCCGGCAUCUUCAUCUUCACCGUCGUCCUCCCUGGGUGGGCUCGGGGAUGGCCAGGGGACCUACAACAGCAGUGACUCAGGAAUGUCAUCAGGAGCGUCAACCAUGUCUGUGCUGUCAUAGUAAUACUUAUUUCUUGUGUGAAUGUGUGUGUUGUUUUGAAAGUAUGCUAUGAAUGAGUGAGAAAAUGCAUGCAUGUACUUUCCGAAGAGGCUCAUGGACCUGUGAAGAAAUGCACAGAAACUCAGAAACUCUUCAUGUGAGAGAAACUGCGGAAUCAGGAGGAAUGCAAGACGGAGUUGGAAAAAAAAAAAGACAAGUUUCAAAGAAAAUACUUGGGAUAACUAACUCCUCUAUUUAGCUCCCUCUUGUGGACUGUUGUGGGCAUGUCAUAAGCCCGACUCAGAAGACCUUGAGCUUGAUCCUCACCUCAGAGAAGAUGAAUCUGCCUUCUAACUCUCACAACAACCUGAUUUGUAAAAGAACCAUUUUGUUUUUAUACACUGGUGGGUUUGAAAGCUAUUUCCACUAGGCCUUCUUACUGCCAAGGUCAUGUUUUUACUGAAAAGCUUGUUGAUUUAUAUGUUGUGUGCAAGGGAAACAUUUUUGUUGUAAGAGUAACAUAGUUUUUACGGACCAAGGAAUAUUAUUAUAUUAUUUUAUUCAUAUUAUAUUUUAUAAGCUUUUGCUGAGGUACAUUUUGAUGUUUUUUUUUUGUAUGAUACUGCAUAGUAAGUUCAAUUUUGUUACCAAAUAGUCAUGUUGUUGGCUCCUAUUUGAGUUUUGUCUCAAUGGAGUGGUUAAGGUGGAAAUGGCUUUUAGUACGUCUCUAACAGUCUGUCUGCAGUUUUCCCUACUUUUCCCCUCACCUAUUUUUUAAUAUCCAUUGGUGUGUUUUGGAAGUAGAUACCCAGUUGCAUACUUACAGAACCUUUAACAGUUCUACAUGCUGUGCAACGAUGAAAAAGAAUGUGUAUUUAGGAGGCACUUUAGAGAAUGAAGACCUGCGCAAAUCUGGCUGCAGUUAUUCUCUUAGCUGCCUUAGGCCUUCUAGGCCGCUCAUCAGUCUCUUACCACUCUUUAUAUCAAAGAUGACAUUUUUGCUGAGUGUAGUUUAUGUAUUUGAUAAUAUACUAUAUCACACUGUCAGUGUAUUCUGGGAGACCAAGGUUUAAGUUUUCUAAUCAGUAUGCUGUUUUUGUACCAGAGUGCUUAAACUCUACUCAAUACACUGUCGUGACACCUUUUUAAACAAAACUCUUAAUUUGGAAGAAUAUGUUGUUCUAAUCUCCUACAUAUCUUCAGAGAAAGUGAAUGAACAAAGAAGGGAUGUCAGAACUAACUGUCUAAAGAUCAAAUCUUUAAUGUGACCUUUUUGACUGUCACUAAAUCUUUCAUUUGGAGGGGCAUUGAGAGUCCUUUUGAGAUUGUACUUAUGGAAGAAGAGCUUUAAGACCCUGUCUGCCUUGUAGCUUGCAGUCCUACCCUUGCAGUUCACCCACAGUUGCUCAGUAACGUCACGUUGGGAUUGAGCCUUGUUGAAUCAGGUUUUGUCAGGCAUGACAUCUGACUGCAAAUACAGUCGAAUUAAUUUUAAUACAAUCAGCUGUGCUUGUGCCUUGGGUCUUAUGUGAUGAGCUGAUGGUUUGUACAGACUUAAAGUCCUAGUUUGUUCUGCCUCUCUACCCCAACUUGUUAAGUAGGUUGGACAUAAACAUGGAACUUUGAACUGAUUCACUAAGCUAGUCAGGAAUGACAGUUUAUCUUGCCUUAAAAACCACUACCUACAGUACCUGUCUUGCUUAAUAUUACUUUAAAAAAGUACCCAGACUUCCAUCAUUCUUUUUGUAUCUUUCUGUAUAUCGUAUUUCAAGAUUGACAUGAAAGUAAUAUCAUCCUUUUCUUUCCAUGUUCGUGGUAUACAAUGGUUGGAUUGAUGCCAGUGCAUACUGUAGGUGCAUCAUCUCUUGACUGACAUGAGAAUGUUUUAUGUAAGUACUAUUACAGCAGGUGUGAGCACUUUUCAGUUUUACAUCAACACUGUAGUCUGAUCCCUGCCUGUUUCUGCAGAGGUGGAGAUCUUUGAUAUGUCUUGUCAUUUGCAAAUCGUAUAAAUUCUUUGCUUAUGUCAAAUUAUUGAAUUUUUGGUCGUUGUAAUGUGGAUCCCCAAUCUACCUUGUUUUUUUUUUUCUUCCUUGUCACUGCAUUCUCAUCUGUGCCUUGCUUUGAUGUCUUGGUCAGUCAAGUCAGCAUGUACUGCUAAGUAUCAACAGGACCAGGCUCGAUGCAAGUUCGUCCUGUCACAAGGUCAGUUGUGAGCUAGCAAGCUAAAACAACCUCAUCAUGUUCUCAGACCGGCAGCUUUAUGAGCAUUUUGACUGCGUCUUUACUCUCAUAUAUUGCCUUUUGUUUCUCACCACUCUUUCCGUAUAUACUAUCAUCCCUCCAUCUUUCAGUCUGGUGUAAUACUCUGUCAUACAGUAAGUAAAUCAAUCUGCCAUGCUGCUUCAGUGAAAAAUCAAGAAUAAAAAAGCUGAAGCUGAGGGUCACUUCA